GUCGGAGUACUUACGUGUACGCGUAGUAUUAGCGCAACUCUUAGCGUUAUACGCGACGUUAUACUACAAGUACUACGUGUAUACGCCGCCCAUUCAAAAGAAAAGGGACGAUAAUCAUCGUCUCCAAUUCAUCGUCCGAUGCCUUUGUUGAUGUGUCGGCGCGUCUUUCGCAGCAGACGAUAGUACACUUACACCUACUACAAUACAUGUUUGCUGCGCGUAUAAGUAUCUAUAGAUAUAGUCGAGAGUCGCGUGAGGAGUCGAGGUGUGGACAGGAUGAGGUUUUUUCAGUGGCGGCAACUCCAACUGUAGUGACUUUUCGAAGAGUCCGAUCUUCUUCGAUUAAAAAAGCAGCCCACGAUAACACUUCUCUCUGAACUCAUGGAAAAUGUGGUCGAAUUUCGUUCAAUACUGCAAGGAUCCGCACUUGGUCGCGAGAAUCCAGGAGUUCUUCGGUGUUGAGAUUCACUAUGACAGACAGAACAAAUCCAAAGAUGACUGCUCCAGUAGGAGUGAGAGGAAUGGCCUCAACAAGUCUAGUUUCCAGUCCAUUAAUGGCUGUACGCUUCAGGAGAACGAGGGCACAAUUAAGAAACGACACAACGAAGUAUUACAAUCAAGCGACGACGAUGCAUCGACUACUGCUAAGGAAGACAAGCCUUACACGAUAAAGAAUCACUUUUGGUACUACUUGUUUCUAUUUGGCACACAGCUGGGAGAUGAGGUAUUCUACUCAACCUUCAUUCCAUUCUGGUUUUGGAAUAUCGAUGGAGCUGUGGGACGGAGGAUCGUACUUGUUUGGGCUAUUAUUAUGACAAUUGGACAGGCUUUAAAAGAUAUUAUUUGCUGGCCUAGACCACAGUGCCCUCCCGUCGUGAGGUUGCAGAGCAAGUGGUCCUUGGAGUACGGGAUGCCAUCGACCCAUGCCAUGAUUGGAGUUUCAAUUCCGUUCAGUGUUGUUUUGUUUACAAUGAAUAGAUACAUUUAUUCCUUCCCUGCUGGAUGCGUUGCUGCAUUUUUAUGGUGUACAUUGAUUUGUGUAAGCAGAUUAUACUUAGGCAUGCAUACUGUGCUGGAUGUUAUUACUGGAUUAGUUUUAGCAAUUCUCAUGAUGAUUCCUUUAGUUCCAUUAGUAGAUGCAACGGAUUAUUAUUUUCUUACAAAUAGCUGGGCUCUCUCAGCACUAGUGGUUAUGAGUAUAGCAACGAUAAUUUAUUACCCUUGCAGUGAUAAAUGGACACCAACUAGAGGAGAUACGACUCUUGUUGUUUCGGUAACUGCUGGAGUUCACGUAGGUGCCUGGCUGAACUUUAAGACUGGAGCUCUCUCGAUGCCGCAAGUACCUCCUCCAUAUAAUAUUAUGUGGCCAUCAUAUCCAAUGUUUGGUAGAAUGGUUUUACGAACUAUUCUCGGUUUUUGUUGUGUACUAGGCACUAAAGCAAUCUGCAAAAGUCUUAGCUAUGCCACAAUAUGUGCCAUACUUCGAGUCAACUCAAAAGAGCUAAUGCAAAGUGAGAAUUCUUUAGAGAAUAAGAACAAGAUACUAGUCGAUUUGGUCUACAAAUACAUAUUUUGCUUCAUGAUAGGUUUUAAUACUGUUUAUCUACUGCCAAAUGUUUUUACAAUGAUAGGUAUAGAACGUCCUACUUUUUACACAGAAAUAUGAACAAAAUUUGUUAUUGAACCCCUUGUUUUUUUACUACUUACUAUAGCACUAUUAAAAUAAAACUUGAAAAUUGUUAAAUGAUAAGUGAUUAAGGAAAUAAAAAAAGUCAUGUUUACACAUCACAUUUUGUAUUUUUAAAUUAUAUGCAUUGGUUUUUUUAUUCAAAAUAUAUGUUACAAAACCUUAUAUUUUUACUUAUUUAUACAUUACGUAAAUUAGGUGAAAAACUGCGUUAAAAGCGGAGGCCUGCUUCACAGAUUUUUCUAUCACUUGUCGAUUAUGCGAAAAUAUUCUUAACACUAUUAAGAAAAAAAUAUCUUAAAGUCCAUCAAUUUUUUCUUAAUGGCAGUGUUAAUCGUAGUAUCUGAAACGCAAACAAUAUUUAUACAAUAAUGUGCAAUUAAUAAAUUUCUAUUGAAUCAAAAGAAACUUACAUGUAACUUGCUGUCGUAAUCUGCCGUAACUUUAGUAUUAUCAAUAGAAUAUGGCACAUAUGAAUCAAUCAUAGAAUCAGUUUUCUUAUUCUCAACAAUUAUACGAUUAUCUCCAACAUCCACUGUAAGAUCUGUAAUACUUGAUGAAGGUAAAUAAAAGAAACCAAUAACACUA